GUACUGCUGCUGCAGCCACUGCUGCCACUGCAACUGCUGCUGCAACUGCUGCCGCCUGCCCUGGGGAUGCAUGGAGCACCAGAGCCUCACGGCCACUGUGCCCCGCUACUCAGCAACCGUACCAGUGCCGCUGGCGCCUAUGCGGAUGGAGCACAGCCCAGUCCUGGUUGCUCCAGUCGGGAGGCCCAUCUUCGACAGGGUCCAGGCGCCGGCGAGAGCAGCCGGAUCGCCGGCGCCGGCGCCGUUGGCGCCGUUGGCGCCGUUGGCGCCGUUGGCGCCUGGCAG